AUGCCAUCUACCUCUCCUCCAUCGCCAAAUCCCUGCACCGCGCUCCGACCUCCGACCCCAACCCUAACCCCCAGGCCUGCUCGCCCCAACGCGCUCCGCCAUAGCCAGGCCCUGCUGCUAGGGUUCCACGAGCAUCGACGACGAAACGCGCCCGUACUCGACGAGGCCCUGCUGCCACCACUCGGGCCCCGCUCGCAUCCGCGCUUGCCCGCCAACGCGAACACCCGCGAUCGCCCCGCGCCUGCGCCACGCCCCCUGUCACCCGCGCGCUCUCACGCGGGCCCGCCCCUCGCCCCACUGUUUUCCCAGCGUUUUCGACUGGCCAAUGUUGUCCUUUUUCCCUUGUAUACACACAUCGUCGUCGAGCCCCUCGCCUCGCGCCCUACCAUCCGCACCCUCCUCUUCCUCCCCCACCUCGCGGCGCCAUUAAGAUCUCGGCCUUCAUUCUCUUCACGCCCUCUCCCCCGCUGUCACAUCUCCUCUCGUCGCAUCGCAUCGACCUUCCUGCAGUCGUCGUCGUCCUCCGAGCCGGGAGAAGAAUCGGGGCCCUCUCUGCUGCUGGAUCGAUCGACUGAUGGCGCCAAUCACUGGCAGGCUGGCAGGCAGGCGGGCAGAGCCCGAGACACAGCGGGCGAACGAGCGACGGAACGAUGGAACGACGCUAGAUUCUUCCACCUACUCUUCGCAAUUCUUUUCUUCCACGAGUCCUGUCAGUGA